AUGGAUUUAGUGUUUCGUACCCGAACUCCUGGAGCCGCUGCCGAAGGUGUACGCGAUCAGUAUGCCGAUGGAAAAGCCGCAGAAGUAUGGAAGACUUUGAUCGGAGACAAAAAACAACGUACUCAGGUUUAUAAAGACUUUUUAGUGGGUUUGUUACGUGAAAAGGGCUGCAAAAGGAUCCUUGAUGUAGCCUGCGGUACUGGUAUCGACUCAAUAAUGUUAAUUGAAGAAGGCUUUGAAGUCGUUAGUGUCGACGCUUCCGACAAAAUGCUUAAGCAUGCCCUCAAGGACCGAUGGGACCGUAGGAAAGAACCUGGUUUCGAUAAUUGGAUUAUCGAAGAAGCAAACUGGCUAACUCUAACGAAAGACAUCAAGCAGCUAAUCGGCAGCGGUUUUGACGCCGUAAUCUGCUUAGGAAACAGUUUCGCUCAUAUCCACGACGCUUACGGCGACCAGAGAGAACAAAAACAAAUAUUAAAAAACUUCGAGAUGUGCUUAAAACCAGGAGGCUUUCUUCUUAUCGAUCACAGGAAUUAUGAUUAUAUUUUGGACGGCGGGGUCGCACCGGCGAGAUGCAUUUAUUAUAAUAGUCCGCAUACCAAAGAUAUAAGAACGUCCGUUUAUUGGGUUUCUGGUGAGCCACAAAUGGUCAUCCUGGAUUACUUCUUGUCCUUGGAUGAAAAUAACGAUGAUCCAGAGAAUCGAAAUGAAUUUCGCUUAUCUUACUAUCCCCAUCGACUUAAUGUCUUUCGGGACAUGUUAAGAGAAAUAUUUUCCCAAAAGGACCAUAAAAUUUUUGGUGACUUCAAACCUCUUAAUGAGGUCAAAGUACCGGCAUUUUUUAUUCAUAUCAUUGAAAAAAAGUAA